CAUGCAGUUCACGUUCAGCGAGACUCGGCAACGCAAGCGGAAGCAGUCUCUCAUCGGUACUCAUCAUCGCGAGGACACAGAUGGCCAAAAUGCCCGACCCACAACGUUUCUACGUCCCAGCCAGCCAGCCAGCCUGCCUGACUGCUCCUUCGUGUCAUUUCAUUGCUGCCGAUGGACAGCAUGUGGCUCGGGUGAGCUAACAAACGGUCGGCAAGAGCUGUCGCGCAUAGAAGGAACAACAUAAGCCGGAGGACAGGAAUGAACCUGACACGACACAAACAAACAAGCCCCACAAAUGCACUGAACUAACUUUUUGCAUUCAUGCCAUUUCCGCUUGCUGACCUGUUCGCCUGCCGCCUCUGGCGACGGCACGGUCCGAUAGAACGAAGAGGCCCCAGGAGGGGACAGAUGGCCCGCAGUCAGCCCAUCGUAUGCACCGUUGUGUCCAUCGGAGCUCUGCGUGGCGACAGGCGGCCGCUCGGGAAUGCGGCUGGUCUCGUGGACGCGCUUGUAGAACGCCUCCUUCAUGGCCCACGGGACAGACGUGUCGACGGGGGAGGGGGGCGGGACGGGCGGCAGCCUUGGCGAGGGAGGGCACUCGUCCACCGCCCCCUCUCCCUCGUGCUUAUCUCGCUGCACAGAUGAUGUCACUCCGAUGCUGCCCCAUUCUCGUCGUGGCUGGGAGAGAACGGGCCGUCUUGGUUGAUCCGCUGAUGUCGUGAGGGGGAAGACAGGUCUGGCGGUGGGUUGGGUGGGCCCUUCCGGCCUCUCUCUGACCGCAUAGACAGUAUUCGCUGUCGUGUGGUUGACGAGAGUGGCUGGGGCGCCACUGGGGAGAGCCGCCGUGCCCUCCCGGGAGACGUAGGGGACCCACCCGCGGACCCCGCCCAUUGGGGGGACAGCGAAAGGUCUGACUGGCAACAACCACACAGACCACACAUCACACAAGCGACACAUGAACUAGCUGUAUAUGGAUGUCUCUCAGACCACCGUACUCGUACUCACUCACCAGCGUCAGGGCUCUGGCUUUCGAAGCUGUCCUGCGGUCCUGCGGCAGGGAACCCCUCCUCGCCCUGAGACCCACUCACCGAGAGAGGCCCCAGAAACCACGAUAAAGGCGGCACCGAGAACGAGCUCUCGCGCCUGGACGCCAUAUCGUCCGUCACGGCUGUCGACGAUGGGGCGGCGGGUGUGGGGUCGGACGGCACCGACGAGGGCGAGAGGGAUGAGGGCGGGAGGGGGGAUGGCUCGUUGGUCAUGCUGAGGUCGUCGAUGGCCGUCUUGACGGCGUCGGAGAGGCCGAGCACCUGCGCCUGGAACACUACCAGCCGACCGAAGAAGAGGGCGUCCUCCUCAGAGCCGCUGCGGAUGUUCCUGAACGGCCCAAGAUGGCACGGUGAAAGGAACACUCACACAUAUGGAUGAGUGGCUCGUUGCUGUUUGGUUGAUCUACUUGAAGAGGUUGUUGAGGUCUUCCAUGUCCAUGUUGCCCUGGACGAUGAAACCCUCGAGCAGACGGAGGAGCGCCAAUCCGAUCGCAACAACGCUCUCAAGACCCUUAACAGACACAAAGAGACACAAUGAUACAGCGCAAAGAGCCUGUGUGUGCGUGUGUGCUGACCUCUGAGAGGAUGUAUGUCCACACAGGCGGAAUAGCAGCGAUAGGUAAAGUAUUCACAUACAGCGUGGGAAACCUGAAAACGCCCACCCACCACCGAUCCAUGAAUCCAUCCAUCCACAAGACACGGCUCCACGCACCCUUGGCGUCCCCACUCACCAUCUGGUGGCCACGGCCUGUGGCGGGUAGCUCUCCGACACAAAGUGCUCAUACAACGCCGGCAGCUCCCUCUCACACAGCCGGUCAAACGCCCCCAGCAAAUGCAGCAGCAGCCGGUUCCCCUCGCCCACGUCGUGGUUGGCAAACCCAAAGAGCUCCAUCCCGUGGAAGUCGCGCAUGAGCCGCACGAAGUACGAGAAGGCCGAUGGGGUGUCGAAGUGGGUGUAGAUGAGGAGGAAGGCCGCGAGGAAGUUCAUGCCCUGGAUGUAGCCCAGGGUGGGGUGCAGGUGGGCGAAGGCGUUGAGGAUGCGAUGCAGCGACAACUCGUGCGACGCGUCCAAAAUGCCGGGAAACGUCCUGACGGAUGAGGAGGGAGCAAGGGACAGUGGGUAUGACGGUCAAUUCUGAGCGACAAGAGGCUACCUGUGCGUGUCCCUUGCGAUAGCGUCGGUGACGCGAGUGCCUCUCACGUCGGUGAAGGGCUCAUCGCCAUACCGAUCCAACGCCUGAAGGUAAGAACAACGCGAUCCACCCAUACAGAAUCCAGGCAUUCCAUGAUGCGUGUCCGUGCACCCACCCACACCCCCCCACCCACCUGGAUGGCCUCCUGGUCCGGCGGCCCCAGCAUCUCACUCAACCGAUCCCCAAUGGCCUCGAGCCGACUCCGAUUGACCACACCCACCGUCGGCCGCACACCCCUGCCCCCACCCCCGCUCCCACUACUCAUGUCGCUCGACUGCCCAGGCGACCCGCCCCUCUCCGCACCCCCACGACCGGAGUCCGCAAGCGACCAGCCGCCCCCCACAUCCACCAGGCCGGCCAUCGGCAGCAAGUCGCUGUCGGAGGGCGUCGAUUGGAUUGGGGGUGGGGGGAAAAGAGACGGCGAGGAGCUCGACGACGGGGGUGGUUUGAGUACACGUGGGAGCGAGUCGACCGACGGCGGCAGUAGCAUCAGGUUGGGCCCGCGAGAGUGUCGCAGGCCGAGUGGGUGUGAUGGCUGGGGGGAUGAUUGGGUGGAGCGAAGAGGGGGCAGGGGGUCGGGCAGUGGCACUGCCUCAAGAUUCGGCUUCCAGUAGCUGCGGAGAUGGCGCCAAAGCUGAACCACAGACAGACAGACAGACAGACACAGACAUAAAGAGGUCGUCUCAUCAGACGUGCUGCCGUGUCCAAACGUACCUGCCGCCUCUGCACCGUUGCAUUCUCAUCAUCCUCACUGUUAUCAUCACGAUAGCGCCCUCCCCUAUCCCUCCCACCACCCAGAGAUGACGCACUCUCGCCGUCCCACUCGCUCACCAGGCCAGCGCCCAGCCGCCAGCCGCCCCACCCCCCUCCACCCCUCCUCCCUGCGGUCGGCGCAAAGCCCAUUUGACCGAGAAUCUUCUCCCACGCCGUGGUGGUGCUCGUUGCGGACCCGGCAAACGACACCGAUGGCGCCAUCUUGCCUCCCCUGCCCUUGGGCGAGUUGCUCAUGGGGACGUGCACCCAGCCGCCGCUCGAAGUGCUGUGGGGCGACACGGCGCCGGCCGAGUGCUCACGGUGCAGCGGGACGGGCUUGGGGCUCCUGCGGAUGUUUGGCGAUGGGAUGGCCGACUUGAAGGACUGUGACGUGUUGGUGUCGGUGUCGUCAUCUUUGUCGACGAUGCGGUCAUCCAUGUGUGCAGGAUAAAGGAACGAGUAAUAGCGGGUGGAGCGGCGUGCCUCUGAUGGGCUGCCCCCGGAAGCGGCGUCCGAUGGUUGGUCGGGCCACAGCUGUGAGAGGAAGGCCGAGAGAGAUGCGGUGGAGUCGCGAGCCGGCGAUGACCGCCCGGAUGAGAAAAGAGCUCUGAACACACCACCACACACCGAAAAGCACAGCAUCAGCUCUCUCCAUCCCUCCUUACCGGGCCCUCUCUCUUUUCCUCACUUUUCGCUUGGUGAGUAGGCCAAUCUAUGGUCCUGAAUGCCUCGCGCCGUCUGGCAGGUGCUCUUGUUCUUCCCCGGCGGCGCGUUCUUGUGCUUUUGCGUCACCGAAGCAGCACCUGACAUCUGCUGGGAAAUGCGGCUGCGCCAAUUCGCAACAUCAGUUCUCAGCGCGGAAGGGCUCUUGCACGUGUCGGGAGGGGGAAAAACUCCCUGAGAGAGCGAGCUUCUUCUUUAAGCUCGCAACAAAGCUCGCAGCUACGAGUGCCAUCGAAGGAGGGAAGGGAGAUCUCUCACGGAGGCGUG